AUGGGCCAGAUCUAUGGCCUCAUGCUAGACGCCACGGUGAAGACAAAUGAUGCGGCCGAGGCGCCAGCCAAAAUGAUGGUGAAACGCACGUCUCUCUUGCCGGCCAAGGACAAGCCGGCCUUUCUGACCGCCAUCAAGGCUAUUAUAGCCAGGAGGUGGGACGGCCAGCUUCACAAUCCACUCCAUGCUAUGGGGUGGCUUCUCAACCCCCGCAAUCAGCACCUUGGGGAGGUGAGGAACGACCAAGAGGUAAGGCUUGGGGCGGAAGCGGUGAUCCAGGCCUGUGGGGGGGAUGUCGCUCAACGCAUGCUGCUGUUGGCGCAGUUGGCGCAGUUUCAUAAGGGAGAGGGGCGGUUGGGGUCCGAUGAUGGCCAUUGGGCAGCAAUGGUGUUGGUGGAGGGUGGGCGCUUGACGGAUGCCGAGUGGUGGUGGAUGUACGGGGGGGAAAUGCAAGCGCUCAAGGAGCUGGCUGUGACGGUGCUAUCACAGCCAAUCACGUCCUCUGAGGUGGAGCGUUACUGGUCCGCCAUUGCACGUGUGCAGAGGCAGGACCGUAACCGCCUCAGCGCCAUGAAAAUGAUGGAUGUGACACAGGUGGUGUUCGCCAGGAGGGCCAGGGAUGCAUUCGAUAUGAAAUCAGAGGUGAGGGAGAAGCUUUAUGCUGAUCUGGCCAACGGCGCCCUUAAGCAAGGGUGUACCGUCAAACCGGCAGUAGCAGAGGAAGAGGAAGUGUGGGACGAGGAGGAGGGAGAGGGGAAUGAGCAGCUAUGCACCAUUAAUUGGGACCAAUUCGGGAACAUUGGGAAGAGGAAGAGCAAGGUGGCUAAGUCCGCUAAAAGGAAGAGUAACGGAAAGGCCACCAAGCCUUGCAAGGGAAAUGGGAAGGCAAAAGCUGUGGAAGAGGAAGAGGGUGAGGAGGAGGAGGCGGCAAAUAACAGUGGAGGGGGGGAGGAGGACGUGCACAGCAAGGCUCGUAAUGGCCAGGAUCCUUGGGACAUCAGUGAUGGUUCGAGUGGGGAGGAAGAGGAGGAGGCGGAUGAGGAGGAGGAGGAGGAGGAGGAGGAGGAGGAGGAGGAGGAGGAUGAGUAG